AGCGGUGAUGGCCACCAUGGCCCUGCAGUGGGACAAGCUGUCCCCGGCAGAGUUCCAGCUGCUCCAGGACUUCGCGGCCUAUUCCACGAAGAAGCUGAGCGAUGUCUUGGAGGAGUUUUCUGGUUCCGGGCCGCUGUCCAAAUACAGUCCAGAUGGGGACAUCGACUUCGCCGGCUUCCGCCUGUUCCUGGACACGUUCCUGGAGGUGGAGACGCCGGACGAGCUGUGCCGUCACCUGUUCCUGUCGUUCGUGCGACGGCCGCAGCCGCAGCCGCACCCGGCCGGCGCCAACCACCACCCGCACCUGGCGCACCACCACCACCACUGCCACCAUGCGGCGGCCACCUCGCCCGGGGGAGCGUCCACGCCGCAGAACGCCGCCCCGCACCCCGCCGGCCCCGUCUACAUCGACGGCAAGGCCAUGAAGGUGAGCAAUUACUUGCCGUGA